UUACUCUGGUAUAUUAAAUAAAAAAUAUCUUGUAAAGCAAGUAGAAAAAUAUGUAAAGCAAGGAUUUGAAUUAAAUUAUAAAGUUUUAGUAAAGUGUCUUGGUUUAUUUCAUAGUCCUGACUAUGUUCAA